CCAGAACGCCGGCGGCUUCGGAGGCAACGGCUAGGGAACCGCCGGCGUCAGCGUCGGCGGCGCGGCCAGCCAGACCGGAGCCCGGUGAGACCCCAGCGCCCGCAGUCCUGACCCGCUGGGGAACGAGGAAUGAUGCAGCUAGAAAGGAGCACCAUUUCUGGUCUCAGCUCUAAAAACAGGCAAAGUUCUUUUGUAUAUGAUGUUAAGCGAGAUGUGUACAAUGAGGAGACCUUUCAACAGGAGCACAAAAGGAAGGCUUCUUCCUCUGGGACCAUGGACAUCGACAUUACCACCUUCAGACACCACGUCCAGUGCCGCUGCUCAUGGCGCAAGUUCCUGAGAUGCAUGUUUACAAUCUUUCCCUUCCUAGAAUGGGUGUGUAUGUAUCGAUUCAAGGAUUGGCUUCUUGGAGACUUACUUGCUGGUCUAAGUGUUGGCCUUGUACAAGUUCCCCAAGGCCUGACGCUUAGUUUGCUGACAAGGCAACUGGUUCCUCCUCUCAAUGUCACUUAUGCAGCUUUCUGUUCUUCAGUAAUUUAUGCAAUCUUUGGAUCAUGUCAUCAAAUGUCCAUUGGUUCCUUCUUCCUUUUCAGCGCUCUGAUGAUCAAUCUUCUGAAAGUGAGCCCAUUCAACAGCGGUCACCUGAUCUUGGGAACUUUCAUCAAAGAAGACUUUUCUGCCCCCUACUACUUUACCAGCUAUAAUAAAUCCUUAAGCGUGGUAGCAACCACAACUUUUCUGACUGGGAUUAUUCAGCUGUCAAUGGGCGUGAUGGGUUUGGGCUUAGUUACCACAUACCUUCCAGAGGCUGCAAUCAGUGCUUAUCUGGCUGCUGCGGCACUGCACGUCAUAUUGUCCCAGCUGACUUUCAUCUUUGGGGUUAUGAUUAGUUUCCACGCUGGUCCCAUCGCCUUCUUCUACAACAUAGUGAAUUAUUGUCUAGCCCUUCCAAAAGCUAACUCCACUAGCAUUCUGUUAUUUCUAACUGCUGUUGUUGCUCUGAGAAUCAACAAAUGUAUCAGAAUUUCUUUCAAUCAAUAUCCCAUCGAGUUUCCCAUGGAAUUAUUUCUGAUUCUUGGCUUCACUGCACUUGCAAACAGGAUAAGCAUGGCCACAGAAACAAGCCACACACUUAUUGACAUGAUUCCUUAUAGCUUCCUGUUUCCUGUAACACCAGAUUUCAGCAUUCUUCCCAAGAUAAUUUUCCAAGCCUUGUCCUUAUCUUUGGUGAGCUCCUUUCUGCUCAUUUUUCUGGGCAAGAAGAUUUCCAGUCUUCAUAACUACAGAGUCAAUUCCAACCAGGAUUUAGUGACCAUUGGACUUUGCAAUGUUGCCAGUUCAUUUUUCAGAUCUUAUGUGUUUACUGGUGCUAUUGCCAGGACUAUUAUCCAGGAGAAAACUGGAGGAAGACAACAGUUUGCAUCUCUGGUAGGCGCAGGUGUGAUGGUGCUCCUGAUGAUGAAGAUGGGACGCUUCUUCUACCAACUGCCAAAUGCUGUGCUGGCUGGUAUUAUUCUCAGCAACGUCCUUCCCUACCUUGAAACCAUUUACAGCUUACCCUCUCUAUGGAGGAAGGACCAAUAUGACUGUGGCGUUUGGAUAGUAACAUUCUUAUCUGCAAUUUUCCUGGGACUGGACGUUGGACUACUUAUUUCAUUAAUUUUUGCUUUCUUCAUCGUCGCUGUUCGUUCACACAGAACUAAGAUUCUUCUCCUGGGUCAAAUCCCUAACACCAACAUUUACAGAAGCGUGGAUGACUAUCGGGAGAUUAUCACCAUUCCUGGGGUGAAGAUCUUCCAGUGCUGCAACUCUGUUACAUUUGUAAAUGUUUACCACCUAAAACACAAGCUGUUAAAAGAGGUUGAUAUGGUCAGGAUACCUAUUAAAGAAGAGGAAAUAUUCACCCUGUUUAAUGAAAGUGAUACCAACCUACAGGAACAAAAGAUCUGUAGGUGUUUCUGCGACUGUGAGGAACAGGAGGCACCAGCCAGGAUUGUUUACACAGAACGAUUUGUACCGAAACCAGAUGACGAUUCAUCCUCCAUUAAGCUGAUUCACUGCUCACGUUUCAGUAAUGGGAAUACAAGCCAAAGUGAAUCCAAUGACCAAGCCCCAAACAUGUUAUCUUCCAUGUCUCAAAGAAGUCAAGGGAAAAGCUUUGAUGAUGUGGAUAAAGUUUGGUUUCAAAAGGAAACCAACAGAAAAAGCUUCCUACAACUGCCCAACUCUGCUGAAAGUCAGGAGAGGAGUAGAUCGCUUAUCCAGUACUCAGAUGAGUCGCAGCAAUGCAGCACCCACACCAUCAUCCUGGAUUUCUCCAUGGUGCAUUAUGUGGAUCCGUGGGCUCUGGUCGUAUUAAGACAGAUGUGCAAUUCUUUCUACAAUGCCAACAUUUUGGUGCUCAUUGCAGGGUGUCAUUCUUCUGUGGUCAGGGAACUUGAGAGGAAUGAUUUCUUUGAUGCUGGUAUCACCAAGGCCCAGCUCUUCCUCAGCAUCCAUGACGCCGUGCUGUUUGCCUUGUCAAGGAAGUUUCUGGAGCCCUCCGACUUAAGCCUGGAUGAAUCUGAGACAGUGAUACAGGAAACGUACUCAGAAACAGACAAGAUUGACAAUUUAAUACCUAAUAUGAACAGCAGUCUUCUAGAAAGCCCCAAAAAUGCAAAUCCAGGCUUCACUAAGAGCCAGGCGCCAGUAGACGAGGAAGAGGAGUCAGACCUAGAUUUGCAGCUACAGGACAUGGUGGAACAUGAACAACAGACUGGGCUGGAUCUGGACCUUGACCUGGAUCAGGAGCUGGAAGCUGAGUCAGAGCUGGAGCUCGAGUCAGAGCUGGAGCCUGAAAUGGAGGCUAAGCAGAAGCCUGAGCCUGAGACUGAGCCCCAGACUGAGACUGAGACUGACCUGGAGCUGGAGCCAGAGCCGAAGCCCAGAUCCAAGUCAAGGGGUCAUAGUUUCUCUCGGUGGCAAUACUGGCCUAUGUUUCAAUCUGUGGCUUCCACCACUCAGUCUCAGGUUCAGCCUCGGACAAGGUCAGCAGGGAGGAGACAUCGUCUUAUGGAUUCAUACUCAUCUGAGGGCAACAACAAUUAGGAUGUCUGGGUGGUGAACUAGAAAUAAAGGGUCAGAUAAACUUGGCCAACCCUCCCACCCAAAACUGGCUGCUGGCUCAAGAGACCUAGAUUAGAUACAAAGUAAGGAUACUUGUUUUGUGAUUCCUCCACCUGCUGGCCUUUGUCCUUGCACAGCACUGAAAUCAUACUCACAGAUCACAUUACUAAAUGCCAAUAAUUAUCUCUGAAUUCUUUAUCCAAGCUCCCCUCAUUUCACCUUCAGCAGAUAUUCUAGUGAUUAGAUUUCCUUCUUCACACACCCUGUAUCUCUGGGGUUUGUGCCAAACCAUCUCUAACUCACUCCUCUCAUCUCUGUUCCCCUUUCUCCAAAGAGAUGAGGCUCAAAUAAAAUACAGAACUUCAGUUACAUUUGGAUCCUUUCUGCUCCUUCUCCCUUCUAUGUAUUCUGCAAGGAAACGUCAAGUGGGAGAUACUCCAAAAGGGAGUGAGCGCAGUGGAGAAGAGAUGAGCAAGAAAAAGAAAAACUGAGUAGCAUUUGUAUUUUAUAUGCAAGAUAUCUUCACUGCACUGAUGGGGAAAUGGAGGAAAUAGGCAGGAUAAGCCAGGCCAAAGGUAAGCCAACCUGCGAGGCUUGUAGUACAAGGAUCUGCUAAGCUGAAAGCACUUUCGCUGUUCCUCCCAGAAGUCAAGAUCUCAUCCUGCCACUGGUUUCAUAAGGCCAACCAUCUUUUUAAUAACUUAUGGGAAUGGUAGCUUUAUGGAACCUUCCCUCGUCUUCAAAUUCACAUUCACUGCUGCUUCUUUCUUGCGGGAUUUUAAGAUACAGGCAAUCUGGAAUCUAUACCCUCGGUAGACCAAACUUAGUUAAAAUCUAUGAUAGUCACAAACUCCCUAGGAGUGGGAAAAGUAAUCAUUACUAAUUUUGUCCAAAUCUAUUCCAAAAAAUUCCCUCUUCCCCAUUAAAAAGUCCAGUAUUAAACUAUGACCAGAAGAAAAAUAUAGACCCUCGAACAAAAGUAUAUGAAAUCUUGACUUAUAUUUCCAACUCAAUAAACAUGAUGACUCCUGCUUGGGAACUCAAUUUUUCAUUUGUUAAAUGAAAGAAACCUUUGUCAAAGUAUAGAUA